CCUUGCAUCUUACCUCUCUGUCCCUCUGUCUGAUACUGUGAAACUUCGUUUUCUGGUUUCUCUUUUUUCCAAUUAAAAUUUACUUUAUUCUGCUUUAGAUCCCAUACGCCAUACCUCAUGCCCCAUCACACCAAACUUUUACCCUCUCUCUCUCUCUCUCUCUCUUUCUCUUUCACUUUCUUUCUACCUCACACACUGCCACAACUCACAUGCACUCUUCUCUUUUUAAACCUCUGCCAACCAAACUCACGCUCACACACACACACACAUCAAAGACCACCCCAUUUUCUAGCCAUUCUUUCAGACUCACUCUUCACUCUUAAACCCUUCACUAUUCCCUUAAUUCACCUGCAAUGGAAGAAUACUACUACAAGAAGAGCCAUGUGCCAGCAUUUGGAAGCUGGGAUUGGAACGAUAACUUGCCAUUCACACAGUGCUUUGAGUCAGCGAGGCAAGCUGGUUUGCUACGAUGUAGUUACUCUGAUCAAUCCGAGGAUCGUGACCUUUACGUUACGGGGGAUCUGUACGAGAAUAACGUUGUCACACCCGCUAUGAUCGUUGUUCCUCGUAGAAGGGCAAAGGUGCUUGACCAGCAUGAAAAAGAAACAAAAUUGAAGAAUUGGAUCAGUGAUGUGGAUAGUGAACCACCAAGCCCAAUUUCACUGCCAAGACCAACUUCAAAACCCGUUGAUGAAGACUUGUAUAAGAUCUCACCGGGGCUUCUUUAUGCCAAAGCUAAAAAGAAGAGAGGGUUGUGUUUCUUUUCUAGUUGCUUGAUACCAACUUGCAUUGCUUGAAAUUCAGAGAAGUGGUGGUUUCCAAUGUACAUAUAAGUGAAAUAGAGGAAUAGAUACUUCAAUUGGAUGAUGCUUAUGUAAAAGCAGCAUAUUUUGGGUCGAAUUAAGAGACUAUUAUUUUAGUCAUGAUAUGGGGUUGUCUUCUUGCCAAUUUAGAUUUUAGAGGGUGCUUUUUAUUCUUCCACUUUUCCGUUUAGUCUUUGAUGUACUUGUACUAUGGGCUGUGUUAUUGUCAUGAUUAGAACUUGUGUUUGAAAAGCUGUGUAAAGAAUUGGAGACAAAAAAAAAAGGUUUGUAAAAAA